AACAAUUUGAAAAGUGUUGUAAAUGGCAACUGAGUAUCCAUGUGGUCUGUUGGAAUCCCUGCGUAGCAUUCUUGAAAAAGGCAGCAGAAAUGAUGUGCAUAUGGUUUUCGAUCAGGUUCAUAGCUGUCUUCAUACCCUAUUGUCAAAGACGACUUUGAAAUGUGAUGAAAUUGAAUCCGCAUACAACUUGUAUAGCCUGCUUUUCAAUCUUUCAGCGGAUCUUGAUAGGUCAGAAACUCUUGGGGAGUAUCUAGACGAUCUCAGUUGUGUUUUGUUUUCAAUGUCAACUGAGAAUGCUGGUCGGGAAUUGAAUAUAGUGAUGUCAGAUGAGUGUUGUUUGGCUAUUAUUUCGUCAUUGAGUUCGUUCUUUACAUCUAUGAAACUAAAUGAACUGAAAACUGUGUUUUUACCUGGAAACUUGCCGGUAAUUAGUCACAUAUGCUCCUUCCUGUUGAAUUUCGGUGAGCACUCCAAAAAUCGUGAAUGACUAAGUUUUGUGACGAGGGCGUUGAAAGCUCAUUAGGUAGUAUCACCAAUUCAAUAAGAAGUUUUCUACCGGGAUUUUCUACAACAUUCUAUAGAAUCAUAUCAACUGAUGACAAGAGAAGUUCCCGUAUUCGAGAGGUAUUUAUGUUAUUUAUCACAUAUGAGCUCAUUCAGGCGGCUUUCAAUGCAUGGUCUUCCAUCCUUACUUCUGUCUUUCAAGAAGGUACUCAUGGACAGGAAAG